AUGUAUAUUGGUGUCGAUGGUGGUAUGAAGUAUUGCUCUAAACUCUGCAGCUUGGUUCAACAGACACAAAAUGGGAACACUGAAGAACAACAUGAUAUGACUUCACGGCCUGUUCUUUCCGAUGACACUCUAAAAUAUGUUCUUGAAAUGUUGGCCUUAGCCAACGAUGACUUUCAGAAUCGUCAGGAUCUAGUUACCUGUUUCAAUGAAAUACUUACCUCCAUUGUGCCUUGGACCAACAUACAGCUUCAUCCUUCCGACUCUUUUCAAGAAAUGGUCACAAAGUUACAAAUGGUCAAUCAGUCAUGUAAUCACAUUAUUACCAAGGAUGAGCAGGAUUCGUCUAGUGCUGCUUUAGAAAAUCUCAUCCAACAUUUCCAGAUAUUAUUUGAAGUUCCUACCUUAUCCGGCAUCUACCCAGCCAUGAACCAGGUCUAUACAAAGGUCGGGGAAUUGCAGAACAUCAUGAAAAUUCUGAAGACUUUGUUAGGACUGGAUCCAUCUUCAAAACCUUCAACUGUAGUAGAUGCCGUCAAUGAAAUCUGCCAGAUGCAUAAUGCCACAACUUCAACGCAACUGAAACAUCUCCUUCAGACUGAAGAUUUGGAAAGUAUUAUCAAAAGAUUGGAAGAGUAUGACUCUUUCUUCCCAGCAUUCCAUGCAGUGAUGUCAGAACUACUUGAACUACUAAAUGUCCAAAGUCUAAGUGACGUGGUACCAGCAGUGAAGACACUCACCCUACUUGCUCAGUGAUAACCAGUGGCGAAUGUUCUGGAUAACUUAGAUACAGGAAGAAAGAAGGAUGAGCUACACUAGUUACUACUGUCAUCAUUGUUACUGUAGCUAUAAGGGUGGUGAGCUGGCCAAAUAGUUAGAGCAUUGGACAGAAUGCCUAAUGGUAUUUCUUCUGACUCACUAUGUUCUGAGUUCAAAUUCCGUCGAAGGUCGACUUUGCCUUUCAUCCUUUUGAGUUUGAUGGAAUAAGUACCAGUUGUGCACUGGGGUCGAUGUAAUUGACUAACUAUUCUUCCUCUAAAUGUUACUGGCCUUGUGUCCAAAUUUGAAACCAUUAUUACAUCAUCUACCACUGUCGUCAUUGUCAUUGCUGUUAUAUAAGAUAUCGCUGUGAUCACUCCUGUGUUAGCUGUCAUUGUCAUCACUGUCAUCACUCAUUAUUGUCAUCACUCAUCAUUGUCAAUGGCAUUGUUAUUUGUGUUCAACAUCUUUAAUUUUCUUAACUCAAUCCCAUUGCUGUACCACCACCACCACCAACACCACCACCACCACCACUAUUAUCAUCAUCAUCAUUGGUAGCUACUCUACACCUCAUACAUGUCCAAUACACUAUAUUACAUUCUUAUACAUUGACAGUCAUUGUAUAUAUAUAUAUAUAUAUAUAUAUAUAUAGCAAUGUUAAUUCUCUAAAUGAAGUAUUAACAGUAACUGCAUGAUAAAGUGUAGUAUAUUGCCACUUAAGUGUGGCUGACCCCUAGGGGGUGGAUGUU